AUGUGUUAUUUAAGAAGAGAUAAUAAAAGACCAUGCCUUGAAUUCUCUCAGCUAAGUCUAAAGGAUUCCUUUCAAGAUUUGUUUGUUCCCAGAAUAGAGAUAAUUCUGAUGCUGUACACCAGGAACAAUCUAAAUUGUGCUGAGCCACUCUUUGAGCACAACAACUCCCUUAAUGUGAAUUUCAACACAGAGAAGAAAACAGUCUGGCUUAUUCAUGGAUAUAGACCAAUGGGCUCCACCCCGUCCUGGCUUCGGAAUUUUCUGAGGGUUUUGUUGAAUGAAGAAGAUGUGAAUGUCAUUGUAGUAGACUGGAACCGGGGUGCAACAACAUUCAUUUAUAACAGAGCGGUUAAAAACACGAGAAAAGUUGCUGAGAAUUUGAGUGGGCGCAUUAGGAAUCUUUUGAAACAUGGAGCAUCUCUUGACAAGUUUCAUUUCAUAGGUGUGAGCUUAGGGGCUCAUAUUAGUGGAUUUGUUGGAAAGAUAUUUCAUGGUCAACUUGGAAGAAUAACAGGUCUUGACCCUGCUGGGCCCAAAUUCUCUGGAAAACCAUCCUAUAGCAGAUUGCAUUAUACUGAUGCCAAAUUUGUGGAUGUCAUCCAUUCUGAUGCCAAUGGUUUAGGCAUUCAAGAGCCCUUGGGACAUAUAGAUUUUUAUCCAAAUGGAGGGAAAAAACAACCUGGCUGUCCUAAAUCAAUUUUUUCAGGAAUUGAAUUUAUCAAAUGUGACCACCAAAGAGCAGUUUACCUAUUCAUGGCAGCUUUGGAAUCAAACUGCAAUUUUGUUUCAUUUCCUUGUCAAUCUUACAAAGACUACAAGAGUAGUUUAUGUGUGGACUGUGACAGUUAUAAGGAAAAGUCAUGUCCUAGGCUAGGUUAUCAAGCGGAGCUAUGGAAAGAUGUUUUAGAAGAAAGAAUGAAAGGAUGGCCUACUUGGACCACUGUGUUUUUGGAUACUAGUGGCACAAAUCCAUUCUGUAGCCACCAAUUUGCAGGUAUAAUUUUGUACUUACUGAAAGAAAAGAAGUAUUUCUGGAGCCAGACACAUGUGUAA